GUUUGUUUGCGCAUAGUGAAUCCAGAGUGAGUUGCCCUCGCAAAGGAUGAAAAUGAACUAUUACUAUUCUGUCUUGUUUGAUACAACUGCACUACGAGUGAGUGUUGAGAACCAAAUAAACUCUAGUUUCAUAUAGGCUGUAGAAGUAAAACAAGUUAUCCCCGUCGAGGAGGACUACACGCCGGAGUCUUCUGUUCUACGUGACAAGGUCCCCUAAGUCAAGCCGCAAUUCUGCUUUGUAACCAGUCUUCAGAGAUGUCUUCCACACUUCCAAACAGCCCCCUGACCACCUAUGUGUUGAACACAGGUGACGGAGUCCCAGGGGCAAGAAUGGCCCUCAGUCUGCACCGACUGGACUCACUCCUGGUCAUCUGGAACCUAGUGACUGUGGGAACCACCGACGAUGAUGGUCGCUGUCCUGGACUCAUCACUACAAAAGCGUUCACGCCUGGGAUGUAUAAGAUGCGUUUUGAGACUGGACAAUAUUGGGAGAGUUUGGGUCACAACUCCUUCUACCCAUAUGUUGAGAUUGUCUUCACUAUAACAAACCCCAACGAGAGAUUCCACUUGCCCCUGCUCCUGAGCCGCUUCUCCUAUAGCACGUACAGGGGAAGUUAGAGCCAUCUCUCGUCUGAGCCUCUGCCCGCACUAUACCAUGGAUGUGGUUAAUCGACCUAAAAUGCUUACAUGUCCAGUUGAUACCUAAGUGGUCGAGUUACUGUAGUUUGAAAUAGUCAUGAUGAUGAACUGAAGUCAAAUGGCUAUCACGUGCUGAAUAUUUAGCUUGUUGUCUGUUCAUCGUGAACGUACACAUUUUGUAAUCGCCUGUCAAAUUGCUCAUCCAUGAUGCAAUGUGCGUGUGUGUUUCUCAGCCAAUCACAGAGCAAGACCGAGCUCCGCAGAAAAACUCAAAGUCGUCCUAUUCGCGCAUAAAUGAAAUAAAGUUAAUUAAAGCUG